CCAUCUAUCGCAGUUUCCCGUAAGAACAUAAAAAGCGUAAACAAUGGUGUUCAUUUGAACGUAAACCUUUUAUUUAUUAUACAAAAUAGAUAUAAGGUAUGGAAUUCGUUGGUAUAAAACGUAAUAGAAGUCGGAGAAGGCGAAGAUACCUCGAGAGACGACGUCGUGAACAAAUUAAGUUAGAGGUUAAGGCUGCGAAACAUCGAAGAUCUCUUUUGGAACGUACUAAUACUUUUGUUGCUAAACAGAGAUUCGUUACAAACACAAUGCAUGCUAAUUCUUUUUGGGAAAAUUAUACAGCUGCUCAAGAGUGGCAAAGAAGGCACAGUGUAACAUGGUGGAGAACACGUUGCACCGCUUUAGAAUAUGAAAAUCAAGUGUUAAGAGACAAAUUAAGGUCAUUAGUGAAUGAACAUGCUCAGCAGUGUUCUUCUCGUUUACCAAAGAAGCAAGAUGCAGCAGAGGAGCAAGGAUCAAUGUUAGCAGAAGAAAAUGAAAAUCUAGAAUUUCAUGUGAACGAAGAUAUGAUGAACUUUUUAGAGCAAAGCAUGAGGCACAAAAUAGAAUUACAGAAGAAGCGGGAGUCUGAGUCAUUUAGUAAUGAAGAGUCAGAAGAUAAGAGUGAAAAUAUUCAAGGAGGUGCUGCUUGGGUACAGGCAAGAAACAAGAGUGCAAAAUUAUUGUACGGAGAAGCUAGUCCUACUAUAUUAGCAAUGGAAACUGCUCUUCAGACUACUGUGGAUAGACACAAAGAUAAAGCAAAACCUCAGUAUUGGCCUGUUAUUCCUUUAAAACCGUAAAUGCUAAGAUAAUAGGUUAUUACUCAAAUUUUAAUAUAUUUAAAUAUGUAUUUUAUGUAAAAAUAUAUAGAAAUCUUUUGUA